AUGGGUUUUUUGAAGGUAGCACCUAUAAAGGGUGUUUUGAGGUUCGAGAAGAAAAGGAAGCUAAGUCCACGUUUUGUAGGGCGAUUUGAGAUACUUGUGCAGAUUGGUCCUGUAGCUUACCGUUUGGCGUUGCCUCCUGCGUUUCCUGUAAUUCAUGAUGUGUUCCAUGUCUCUAUGCUGAGGAAGUAUGUAGCAGAUCCGACGCAUGUAGUUGACUUUGAGCCAUUGCAAAUUAAUGAGAACUUGAGCUACGAUAAGCAAUCUGUUGAGAUUUUGGCAAGAGAGGUCAAGAUGCUCCGUAAUCGAGGAAUUACACUGGUCAAAGUCGUUUGGCAAAACCAUAGGGCUAGGAAGGCCACUUGGGAGAGAGAAGCCGACAUGAGAGCUCAAUACCCCGAACUGUUCAAGGAUUAG